UUCUAAAAUAAUUUUUUUUUUCAAGAUAGUAACAUUUGCAAACCCUCAUCGAAGUUUAGAAAGUUACUUUUUGCACUGAAAUAAAAGUAGUAAAUUUAAGAAAAUGGGUAGAAAAGUGACAAUUGCUUCUGCAACACUUAAUCAAUGGGCUCUGGAUUUCGAAGGAAAUCUGGAUAGGAUUUUACAGUCGAUCAUGGACGCUAAAGAAAUGGGGGCCACAUUCCGAACUGGUCCUGAAUUAGAAAUUUGUGGCUACAAUUGCCAAGAUCAUUUUUACGAGAGUGACACUUAUUUGCACUCUUGGGAAGUACUAGCUGAACUUCUAAGUGCGCCCCUUUGCAAAGACAUGUUAAUAGAUGUAGGCAUUCCGGUGAUGCACAAAAAUGCUGCCUACAACUGCAGACUAGUGUUCCUCAACAAGAGCAUUCUGCUCAUUCGGCCCAAGAAAGUUUUAGCUGGCGAAGGCAACUAUAGGGAGCACCGCUGGUUUUCCACCUGGAAAAAAGAUAGAGUUACUGAGGAUUUUUACUUGCCUAGAAUGAUAUCAGCUAUAACUGGCCAGAAAACAGUUCCUUUUGGCGAUGCUGUGAUUUCCACUUUAGAUACCUGCAUAGGCUUUGAAAUAUGUGAAGAACUGUGGUGUUCAGCCAGCCAACACAUCCCACUGUCUUUAGAUGGAGUUGAGAUUAUUUGCAAUGGCUCUGGAAGCCAUACGCAACUGAGAAAAAACUACAUCUUAACGGAUCUUGUUAAGAAUGCCACCAUGAAAUGCGGAGGUUGUUAUGUGUUUAGUAACCUCAGAGGUUGUGAUGGUGAAAGAGUGUAUUUCGAUGGGACUUCUUCCAUAACUCUGAAUGGCGCAAUCAUUUCUAGAACCAAACAAUUCGCCUUGGAUGAAGUGGAAGUGAUCACUGCAACGAUAGAUUUAGAGGACAUAAGAUGCUACAGAAACAGUAAACGAUCUUUAGCUGACUUAGCAUCUGGUAGUCAAAGUUAUCCUCGAAUAGCUGUGGAUUUUUCGUUGUCCCAAGACUUUGACGCCAUAUUGCCGACUGCGCAUCCUAUUAGCUUCACUACUUUAACACCCGAAGAAGAAAUUGUUCAAGGUCCUGCUUGCUGGCUUUGGGACUACCUAAGGCGCUCAGGUCAAGGAGGAUUCUUUCUUCCUCUAAGUGGCGGAAUAGAUUCUUCUAGUACAGCAACCAUCGUACAUUCCAUGUGUCGAAUGAUUGUAGACAAUAUCCAGAGGAUUGGAGAUCCGAAAGUGUUAGCUGAUGUCAGGAGAAUAACCGCAGAUGCGGAAUAUACCCCAAAAAGUGCCCAGGAACUCUGCAAUCGAAUUCUAGUUACUUGCUACAUGGGAACGGAAAAUUCAUCACAUGAAACCAAAAAUCGGGCCAAUAGCUUGGCCGCAGCUAUAGGAAGCUACCAUCAGAAGAUUGUCAUCGAUAAAGCAGUUAGUGCCUGUUUGGAAAUCUUCAGUGUAAUUACUGGCCUAUUUCCGAAAUUUGCCGCAAACGGAGGAUGCGCCCGGCAAAACAUGGCGCUUCAAAAUAUUCAAGCCAGAGUGCGAAUGGUUCUCAGUUACCUUUUUGCUCAGUUGGUGCUUUGGGCACGAGGAAGGCCCGGAGGGCUUUUGGUUCUCGGUUCCGCUAAUGUGGAUGAAGCAUUACGAGGAUAUAUGACGAAGUAUGAUUGUUCCAGUGCCGACAUCAAUCCCAUAGGAGGCAUCUCGAAGACCGAUCUGCGCAAAUUCAUCCUUUACGCAAAGGACAAGUUCAACAUUCCUAUUCUUGGAGAUAUUUACUACGCCGUUCCAACAGCCGAAUUAGAACCUUUAGCUCAGGGGCAAAUAGCGCAAACAGAUGAGCAGGACAUGGGAAUGACAUACAGUGAGCUGAGCCAGUUUGGUAAGCUGAGGAAAAUCGACAAUUGCGGCCCCUUUUCCAUGUACUGCAAGCUGGUGCAAACUUGGUCUGAUACGUGCACUCCCAAGCAAGUUUCGGACAAAGUGAAACAUUUUUUCCGUUGUUAUGCAAUUAAUCGGCACAAAAUGACUGUAUUGACGCCCUCCUACCAUGCAGAAUGCUACAGUCCCGAUGACAAUAGAUUUGAUCUGCGUCCGUUUUUGUACAGAGCAAAUUGGUCUUGGCAAUUUCGAGCCAUUGAUAAGCAGUUGGAUUACUUAAACAGUGUGAAGAGGAGCGCUUCCAGUAGCAGCAAUCUGACCAAGAAAUCCUCCAGCAACUCCAAAAUUCGCACGGGUGUAACCGUAUAGUAUAGGGCUUUUGUGUAAAAGGUCCCAAGGUAACUCGCAGGAAUCCUGCCAUAUCAUUAGUACUUCAAGUACUUAAAGAUCGAUUUUUUUGUUGCUCUUUUGCAAGUCAAUUGAACAAGGCGAAAUCACUUUACUCCAGUUUUUCGACCAAACUCACUCUAAGGCCUAAAUCUGUUAACGAAAAUGUUACUAUCUCUAUUAGAGUUUGUACCCUUUACGGGGAAUUUCUCAGGAAGCAACCUUCUUACUCAUGUUGAUGCCAUAUGCGAUUUAAGAUGAAAAUACUGAAGUUAUUUUUUAAGUUUUACUCUAAAAUGUAUUAAGCCCAAUUUUGUAAAUAUCCGAUAUCCAAAAUCAUGAUUAUCAACGCAAUUGCAAGUAGACAAAUGUAGCAGCGAAAGUUAACGUAGAUCAGUUAUCUUUUAGAGUAGAAAAUAUGUAGACACUUUCGCGUCCAAAGCAAUAGAAUGUUAGUUUUUAAAAAAGUUAGUCCGAUCUAAAGAUGUAUUCUGAAUUUUCGCUGUUUGUAGUUCACAAAGUAUUCUGUGAUAAAACUGGAUAAACAUAAACCAACAAUAAAGCACGCUUUCAGCACUUCAAGGAAACAUUAGCACUUUUAAUUAGUGCAUUGCGAAUAAACACAGUAUAAUUUCACACUGUCUCCUAGAUAGGGUUGUAUUAAAUGUAGCAACAGAAAAGCUGGUUUUUGCUAUGUGGAGAUGGUGUGCUGUCUUAACUAUACCCUCAGUAGAUAACACUAAGUGUUACCGCAGUUGCAGUACACCUUCAUUUAGUUGAUAACACGACCAUUAAAAAAAUAUAUAAUUUUCCGUUCAGCCAA